AUGCCUUACAGCGACCCAGACAGCGAUAAUUUCCUCCGUAAGCAACCUAGGCCGACGAAGAUAUAUCACACCGAUACCUACGAGCGCAUUUCUCCCAAGCAUUUCGAUGGCAAUGGCAAGACCGUCCUCAUUACUGGUGGUGCAACCGGGAUCGUCCAGCGGACGGCAAGUGUUCUGGAGGAGGCCAAGCGAGAACUCGCCGCCUUCCCAAAUACCGAGGUCUUGACGUUCCAGGCCUCGAUCGUGGAUUCGGCACGUAUGAAGGAGAUUCUGGCCGAGCUACACCAAGUUGAUAUCCUCGUGCUCUCCGCAACAGCCACCCAUCCCCUCGUCCCUGCGACCAAACUCCCCACAGACGAAAUAAGACAAAUCUACACCACAAACGUCAUCGCCUCCUUCGACUUCGUCAACGCCUUCCUUGCGCUGCCCACCGGCGGUACUGGUCCGCGCACAAUCAUCAAUAUCACCUCCGGCUCCGCCAAAUUACGCUUCCGAAUCAAGUCGGCUAUGGAUCUUCCAAGGCCGCUUUUGCGCAGGUGA